AUGGAAGUAAUGGUUGAGCAACAUAGUAACCCUUACAGAAGUAAAAUACCAAAUUCGGAGGAAUUCUUUUUAUAUGAAUGGCAUUUCAAUGAUACAAUUAAAUCCACUGAUCUUUAUACGACUUUUCCUUUUGCUGAAAGCCACAUUCUUCUGAAACCAGGUUUCUUGUCAAUUACAGUUUCAGUUCAAAGCAAUGGCAUGAAAAAAAGCUCUACACUCACAAUACAAAUCUCUGAAAUACCUACUUACCCUUGUUUGCAUCAUAAAACAGUUGCUGAAGCCGGUAAACCCUUGGAUUUUUAUGUUUUUGGUCAUCCAUUUUCUAACAAUUCUGCUAACGCAAGCUUGAAGCUCAUUAUAUCCAGGAAUGAACGAUCUUACAUUUUGUCCCCCUCAAGAUUUAGAAAUUUACGAAAUUUUCCCCUGUCUUCAACCUAUGGAUGGCGCUACAUCUUUUACACAUCCGCUGGAUUCUCUCACAUAAUAGGCCAAGUGUUUUUGAUGAAUUCGGACUUCACUUCUAACGUGACUUUUACGCUGGGAAUACAAACUCAGAAAGCUCCGCAAAUUGUUUACAUCCGUGGACCAAAAAUUAUACCUGUUUCACGUCAUCUCCUGGCAUUGUUUUUAUUUGGUCAUUUCAAAAUGUUCGAAGAAUUUCAAAGUUCUCAAAAUUAACCAUCCAUGAAGAAAUUCCUCCUGGUACCCAUGAGUUGAAACUUACAGUUAGUAAUUCCUUUGGACAUGCGAAGACAUCCAUGUUGGUUAAGGCUGCCGUUACUCUAAUCGCUCUGAACUACACCUUUUCGAAUCUAUUAGUAGACCGCGAGAGUUGGCUUAGUGUUUUCCUGAACCAGCCUGAUCCUCCAGAUGUCGUUUUUGUGGACUUCGGCGACAGCAAAUAUGAUUCACGUUAUAACGAAAGCGCUUUUUCUUAUGAAACGUUGCAGCAUAACGAGUCAGUUUUUACUGUGCACCAUGUUUUUUCUUCUCCUGGAUUACACAACGUGUAUUUCAAUGUAUCGAACUCUGUCAGUAGCGUUGAGCUCUGGACUGUUGCCAGUGUGGAAGAACCUAUAUUUGACAUCAGUUUGGAAUUACUUUCGCCAUCAGUUGUCGCCCUUCUUGAGGAUGUGAUAGUAGUGUGUACCGUGGAAAGUGGGACUAAUUUAGAUUUUAUGUGGGAUUUUGGCGAUGGAACUGAUGGACUAUACACAGCUGUAAAUAGUACAAAGAACACUAGUGUUGCAAUCCAUAGCUACGGUGUAGCUGAUACGUACGAUAUCUUAGUGCAAGUUUUUAAUACUUACGAAAGCAUCACUACUUACCUCAACGUAAGCAUACAAGCUGUUGAACCCAUCGAAGAGUUACAUAUUCGGUCAAGACUGAAUCAGUACGCAGCUCCCCUUUAUGCUCUCAAAACUGAAUCUCUCAACUCGAAUCAGACGUACGCUACAGAUCCCGUUGUGUUUGAAGCUGGUGUAUGGCGGGGCUCAGACAUACAAUUUCACUUUGACUUUGGGGACGGCCAAUCCAAAUUAGUUGAUUCUGAACUGAAUUUCAGAUCAUUGCCGUACGCUAAUGUGAAGCAUUCAUACACUGCUGAAGGAAUAUACGAUGUCAAAGUGACUGCCACCAAUCCCUUAGAUUCUAUGAAUCAAUCGCUACCUCAUCCAUUUUAUGUACAGUUCCCACCUGAAGGCUUGAAACUCGAUAGACAGUAUUAUAUUAUCCAGUAUUUAGACAACUUGACUGUACAAGCAUCGAUAACUAGUGGAACAAAUGUGUCUUUCGACUGGGUGUUGAAUGACCAGCUACUUGAUGAUACAGGUGAUGUUGUUUCCUUAUUUUUGUUGAAACCUGGGAUAUACAUUCUAUCUGUUGAAGCAUACAAUAAGGUGACAGAUUUUGCCUAUAAAACUAUUGCAAGACCCAAGGCAAUUUCUAAAAUCUACGUUCAAGAAAAAUUAAAAGGUAUAAAAAUUUGUUUGAAAAUCGAUGGUGAAGAAGUAUGUGAAAGGAAUAUCAUUGAACUGCCUUUAGAGGGAAAGAUCAGUUUUAUUGCGAAAGUUUUACCAUCCACAGAGAAGGCUCUUCGAUUCACAUGGAAUAUCGGAACUCCUGAACUAAAAAGAUCGAAUAUUCCCCUUCUCGAACAUCAUUAUCAAACUGCUGGAUGGUACACAAUAAAUGUAACAGCUCAAAAUCAUAUCAGUAGUACAUCUUCAUCAACCCUCCAGUUGCAUCUUGUGCAGAAAGUUGCCAACUUGACUUCCAUAUUAUGCCAAGGACCCAAUCUUGUAAACCAUCUUAUUACAUUUCAUGUUAUGUACUGGUUUGGUUCUAACUUAACUUUUCAAUGGGAUUUUGGUGAUGGUACUCCUCUUAUAACAACACAUUCUUCUUUUGUUCAGCACUCUUACACUGACGUGGGAGAAUAUUGGAUAACCGUCAAUGUUUGGAAUGCCUUCAGUCACGAUAACAUUACUACAAACAUGUUUUUCCUUCAUCAGCUCUGUCAAAAACCUCACAUAACUUUUCUCAGUGAAAAGAAUAGAGUUGCGAAUGUAGCUGAUGAUGUGUUAGUUGAACCUGAAAUUUUAUGCAAUUGCGCCAAAAAUAGUGUGAAGUACAAGUGGACUGUAAAAGAUGAGACAGGAUCUAUUGUGAACUUUCAAGAUCCUACUAUACUGCACCAAAGACAAUUACUUAUACCGAAACAUUACCUAUCCAUUGGAAAAUAUUUAAUAAAUAUAAGGGUUGCAAUGACUGAAUUUAUUGUCUACGCAGAGUCUUUCACUACAAUAGAAAUUAAGUAUUCUAAAUCAGAAGUUAGAAUUGAUGGUGGAUAUGUACGUCAUCUGGGUAAUAGUGACUCUGUUUGUGUUAUGGCACGGCUUCAUGGAGAAAGUCAUGAAUCCAGAUUAAAAAAUGAAUUAAUUAGUUUCUCAUGGAGCUGUGUUCCUAUCUAUCAAAAGCACCUAUCAUGUUUUAAAAGUGAUGUGCCAAAUGCUUUUCUGUCCAAUGAAACUGAAAGAUUUGUUCUUUUUGCUUCUUCAUUGAAUCCUACUCUAAGCAUGGUUGUUAUAAAUGUCACAGCUCAAGGCAAAAAUGUAAUGUCUGCUUCUCAAAUUCUUGAAAUUCAACCAGUGCCUCAUACACUGUUGAUAAAUAUUAACUGUGAAGUAUGUCAUAACCACCAAGUGAACAAGAAUGAUUUGAUCAAAUUAAAAGCUUCCUGCCAAAACUGUGAUAAUAAUAACAACUUGAAAUUCAAGUGGAAAAUAUGGUUGAUUGAUGAAGGAAAACAUCACAUGCAUUUUAGUAAUUAUAAGUGUGUUCAAGCAGAUGGAUCAACGUUUUUCAUAGUUGCACCCAAUAACACUCUGUAUCAAACAUCUCUCAAUGAAUCAAUUGCUCAAGAUACUUCAUACAUUGAAGCACAACACCACAAUUCUGUUGAAAAUGGUUUCUCAAACCAGUCUGUUAGCGAAGAUUUACCUCCAUUUCCGAAUCUACCUGGUUUUCCAGAAGAAGCUGGAUUGUUGCAAGAGAUGCAGCAUUUGAGAACUGUGAGGAAUGUUCCAGACUAUCUGGAUCCAGUUGAAGAUUUCUCUGAUGCAUCACCUUAUUUGCAGUAUCCGUAUGAAGGUGAAGCUCAGUACGAUGAUAAUACUACAAUGUUUAAUGCUUCUUAUCCAGAGUUUUUACCAUAUUCUCCUCAUGAGUUUGAUUUUGAUGAUGAGGACUAUCCAAGACCUGAAGAAGGAUUUCCUGGUGAAAGCGGAAGCGCUGGAGCAAGAGAUCAUGGUUCUCAUCGUUUCAAUGAACAUUUAACUGAAAAUGAUAUAGAAGAAGGAGCUGUACCCCCAAGAGUUGAUGGGCAAAAUGUAUUCGUCCAUGAACCAAGUAUAGUGGGCGACCCUGUGCGAGACACAAAUACUUAUCACAAAACUCCAUCACCGCACCUUAUUAGUAGACCCAGAACAUUACUAACUUUCAGCAAUGCAAAUACAACAACUGGAUUUGAUUCAAAUUAUUUAAUAUUAAAACGUGGAUUGUUGAAAGCUGGCAGCUCUUACUUGAUCCAAGUCAGUGUUUCUAAUACUGAAAACAAUCUGGAAGGUUUUGCUAUGGAAUACAUUAGAGUUAAUGUUGGUCCUGUGAAUGGACGUUGUACCUUGAUGCCCGUUAAGGGGUACAGUUUGAAUUUCAAUUUCCAACUUCACUGUUUUGAAUGGAAGAGUGCGCAUCAACCUCUGUUUUACGAACUGAGAUACUCUCUGUAUCAAGAUGAUCCGGGACAUUUGAUAUACUAUGGUCUGAAUAGAAAUGCCAAGUUCAUACUUCCUGCUGGCUUAGCUUCUGAUUCCUAUAAUGUUUAUGUUAAUGUGGUUAUAAAAGAUAGUAUAAAUGCUACAACCAAUGUUUGCUCAUUAAUUCGCAAAGUUGAACCUCUGUCCAUUAAUUCAUCUUUAAUUCAAUAUGUGUACAAUGAAACAUUUCAUCCUGGUUCUAUCUUAACAAAAUACUUGGAAGAGAAACAAAAUCAAGCCGUUUUACACAGAGUCCAUGCAUAUUCUUCAUCUCUAAACCAUCACAGAUUCACAGGAGUCAGUUUGAAAAGUUCAGAAGAUGGAACCUUGCUUCAGAAAAUUAAGCUUAAGUUUUUGGAAAUAAUUGAUAACAUGGAAAUAAUCAGCAAGGUUGAAGCAGUCCAAGCCUUAUCUUGUCUAAGUGAAAUUAUACAGAACACAAAUGAGCUUUCAAUGUUUGAAAUUCAAAGAGCCUUCAAUAUUUACAAGAAAAUCUACCUGUUAAAGCACAUGCUUCUUGGCGACUAUUCAUUGGAAGUACUUGAAAGAAACAUUUUCAUCUUUCUGUCAAAGUUAGCAUUUGCAUCUCAUUCAACUCCAUACCGAAAUGAGGAACUCAUUUAUAUAUCUAGAGAAUUUUUUAUUAAGGAAAUACAAGAAAAGUUGAAAACUCGUUAUUUAACUGAAGAACCUAUUCAUUUUGAAGUUCCUCACACUUUAACUAGUUCGUUGCAUAUAACUAGCACCAAAAUGCAUAAACCUUUGCACUUGAAAUUGAAAAGUACUUCUAUUGAAAUAACUGAAGAUUUUUCUGAACAGUUUGAAAGCUGCUUCCACACAAAUUGUGAUGAUAAAGAGAACUGUACUUCCUUGAUUGUUCAAGAGUUUGAUUAUGCUACAAUACCAAAUGAAAGUAAACUUGCACCUAUUCAUUUUUCAAAAAUUGCAUCGAUACUGGUGACAUUGCCUGAUUGUGAUCAUUCUGAAGUUGUGGAUGUUGGAAAAACAACACAUGUCAAUGCACAGUUUUUUCGCUUCAACCACAAUGAGGUAUUCGAAAAAGUCAUCCUACGCAGCAAUACUGUGUACAUUUACAAGGUUAAUAUUACAGAAGAAGACACAUAUUAUUCACUCCUAUUCCAUGUCAGAUUUCAUUUUCCAAAUAUGGCUAACAUUAAACAUUCUACACAAGUUUAUUUUAGGUAUCAGUCUUAUCCAACUCCAUGGAAAUAUGAUUGGAAAAACAAUUUAGCCCCCAAUGUUGUUGAUCAAAGUUACUUCAUCCCAGAAAGCUACAUAAAAGUUCCUGGCAUAUAUUAUUUUGCGGUAUGGACGUACCAAUUUGAAGAGAGUCUCUACACAGACAGCAUCAUCUUAGAAUUAGAUGUCAACAUAUGGAAACAAAUGUGUGUCAGUCAAGAUCGCGGCUACUGGUCUCAUGAAAGUUGUCAGUCUUUAAACUCUUCUAAUAAGGACUGGAUUCAUUGCAAAUGCUCAUCUCUUGAAAUUGCUGGAUUUUCUGUCCCACUAAAAGCUGAUAUCCUACAGAUUCCAACAAAUGACUUAUUGAAAUCCUAUUUCAAUGUCUUCCCUCUAACUAUUUUCAUUGCUCUAUUAGCUAUAUAUAUACUCCUCCUCAUAUUAAAUUAUAGAAAAGAUAGUACUAUAAACCUUUCCUAUUCGCCUAUACCACUGAGGGACAACUCAGAUGAGCACAAGCAGUUAUAUUUAAUCUGUACUAAAACGGGAAUGCAUUUUUCUUCUGGAACAACAGCCUCAGUCUUUAUUGUUCUUCAUGGUAUGCAUGGAGUUACAGAAACAAGGCAACUCAUUGGUUUUAAUGCUAAGAAAUUUUGCUUCCAGAAAGGAGCUACAGAUUUAUUUUUACUAAGCACUCCUGAAAGUCUGGGUCCACUUGUGAAAAUUGAAGUAAUGCAUAAUAAUUAUGGACUUUCACCUUCCUGGUAUUUGAAAGAUGUUUUGAUAAAAGAUUUGGAAACAGGCUACAGUUACACCUUCAAUUGUUACAAGUGGCUUUCAGCUGAAAAAGAUGAUGGUCUUAUAGAAAGGGAAUUAAUGCUGUCGGAUACAGCAUCAACAUUUUCAUCUCUUUUCUUUAAUAAUGUGAUUGCUUAUGUCCAUGACUUCAGUAUGUGGAAUUCAGUAUUGUGUACACCACCCAGAACAUUUUUCACAGGAGCUCAAAGACUAACCUGCUGCCUGUGCUUUCUCCUUAAUUCAGCUUUCUGUUUUACAGCUUUACAAAACCAAAUUUUAAGCAAAUUUGAAUUGGACCACUCUAUUCUUCAUUUGUCAUCAAAUACACUUAUAUUGUGCCUGUUAGUAUCAGCAAUGGCUACCUUACCUCAAAUUGUUCUUACAAUCUUGUUCCGUUUGUCAAGGCCGCCUACAAUUGGGUUGAAUCCUCAUUUCAACAGAUUAUUUUUUUCCUGGUCUCUUCGGCCUUUUUAUUGCUGGUUGCGACAAAAACAUUCUAAUACUAGCAGAUCUUCAGGAAGAUCCAUCUCUGACACUGAUGGCAGUGAUAGUUUAUACAGCAGUUUUGAAGAAAGCAGUAUUCUGUCUAUGUCUAAUAUAAUGGAUGAAAGUUUUUCUUCAGAUGAAAAACAAGAGUUAUCUGCAUCACUGUCAAUUUCAAAUGUCAGUGAUCCUGUCUCACCUCUUCAAAAAUCCAUUUCCACCUGGCAAGCUUUUGAAAACUGGGUUAGAAAAAAGCACAAUAUAAUUAUGAAUGCAGAUACAAUGGGCAGACAGCAUUUAUAUGAUGAUAAAAAUGAACAUUCUGUAGAAAAUGAAGAAAUUGUCCUCGAAGAAUUGAAUCAUUUUGUGAAUGAGAGCAUGAAUGAUUUGGACGAAACUCUAACAAGUACAUAUGACUCACUAUCUUCUGGCAGUGAAUCUCAAGGAUUAACUUCAAGCCACACCUAUUCUCACAGCACAAUAUCAGAAAAGAGUGAUGUAGAUCUCAGACUUCAAUUGCUGUUCUUACCAACAUUUUUCUACUUCGUAGCAUGGUUGUUAACAUUGCUCAAUGCAACUGUCUCCCUCACUUUUAUUCUUAUCAACAUAUCAAGCUAUUCAUUCAUCAAGUGUGCCUUCCUCAUGAAAUAUAUUUUCCUCUGCAUUCUCUGUUCAUGCUUAGUGUGGACUCCUUUUAUUAUCCUUCUUGUAGCUGUUAUGUUAUCCCUUUAUCAAUAUUCUAAGCAAAAUGUAUACCGAGUACCUACCUCGAAAAUAUCAAAAAAUGAUGAGCCAAAAUGCACCGAAUCUAGUUACAAGAGAAUGGAGUAUUUCAGAAACUAUCUUAGACCACCGAAAGAAGAAAUUCUUGAGAGAUUCAGACAGUGUGCCUUAAAAGAAAAGAUUUUAUGCACAUUUCAUUGCCACAUUUGGAAUUUCAUCGUUAUAUUUCUUCUACUUCUUGCUUUACUGUUACCUGUAAAUAAGCAAAUGAGAUAUCAGCAACAAUCUUCAAUCCACAAAUGGUUAUUUAGGUCUAGCAGUUCUUUUAAUACCAGAUCACCUAGUACAAAAUCAGCUAUGACUGAAUGGCUUCAAGUUGAUUUCAUCAACACUAUUUAUUCUGAGGAUUAUUCAACUAACUUAGGUUUCACCACUGGCUGCAUUUUAGUUCACGAUAUCACUAUAAAAUAUUUUGGUGUAGUCCAAAUUGAUAAUAUUCCAGACUAUUCCUGCAAUAAUUCAAAAAAUAUCAAAAUUAAUCAAACUUUUGUGCCUGAAUUUGAAAAAAGUGUACUUCAUGGCUACCAUCAAACGUAUUCUGAAGAAAAUAUCGUAGUUCUGAAUGAUAACAAAAUCAAUGCUGUAGACCUUAUUAAUGAAUUUUCUCAGUUUAUUUCCAAUAUAUCAUCUGGUGCAGUCAGUGUUGAAUUUUUACUGUUUAAUCCAUCAUUUUCAUUGUUAAACUUCAUCAAUAUUCAAUUUGAAUUUGCAGAAAGAAAUGUAAUUACCACCAAUUCAAUUACUACUGUGAAACUGAUGGAUAUGAAUUGCUUUCUUUAUCUCAUGAAAUUUUUUAUUCAUCUUAUAUUCUUACUUACAGUUUUAAUGGAAUGUAACAAUCAAUGCUGGAAACUAUUUAAAUACAGUAGUGUGUACUUAAAAAAAAUGUGGAACUAUUACACUUUUUUAUUUAAUAUUGUUUCAAUUAGCUAUUUAAGUUACUAUUUUAGUUACAUUCUGAUGCUCAAACGCAUAUCUCAUCAAUUAAAAGAAUCAGACCUGAAAUCUAAUUCAGAUAUCAUGAAUGCAGCUAUGUACGAGAGCAUUAAUCAAAAUUUAUUGGCAUUUCUGAUAUUCAUGCAUCUCUUAAAGUCAUUCAGAUUCCUUAUGUUUAGCCAUAGACUAAAAGCACUGGGGAAAAGAUUACUGAAAUCAUGGAAAAUGUUGUUGGUCACUAUUAUUGUUGUUUCAUUCUUUUUGGGUCUUUGUGAUUUUAUGAGAAGAAUAUUCUCGGGAUUGAAAACGCAAUCUCUUCAUCCUGUCUUCAUCUGCUUAGAUGCAAUUGGGUCUCUAUUUAAGGAUAAUCGAAAACCUGAAAUUAUCAAAGAAACUGUUGCUUUUGAAAAGUGCAUUUCAAUAAUUAUAUGCUUCAUCUUUAUUGCAUUGUAUACAUAUCUUUUUGCUUUUAUAAGAGCAGUUCUUAUAAGAAAUAAAUCGUCCAAGCUAUCUGGUAAAAAGCACAUUAGCGUUAAAGAUUCGGGAAAAAUUCUAAAUAAAAAAUUGAAAGAAUUUUUUCUUCCAGAAAAACCGCAAAUCAUUUUAAAAGAAAACUAUAUUCUUCCUGUUGAGUUUCUGCUCUUAGAACUUGAAGAAUUGGGUGAAAAACUCCUAAAAAAAGCGGAUGAAUUAUUUCCCAAAGAAGAUGAUGAAGUGGCCAAUAGCUCUGUUGAUGUAAAAGAUUCUGGUGAAUUCCUGAAAACUCUCUUUGAAAUCACCAACGAGGAGUUGAAAUCUGAAAUCAAUGAUACUGUUAUCAAAGUAAUGCAGAAUUGCGAUUUCAAACCACUCACUAACUCGGAAGUUGAUGUUGUUAAGAGAUUAAAUGCAACAGUACCAAGGCUAAGUAAGGUGAGCGGCAAAAAAAUUCUUCCGACAAGCCUAAAUGCUUCUUUGGCUUCACAAAGAAAGUUUAAGGGUCAAGAUAUCAACUUAUCAGCAUCUUUGCAGUGCCACAAAAUUCGUAAAACAUAUCCAUUGCAGCUCAAUUCAGACUCAUCAUCUGAAACAUUUAGUUGCUUGGAAAAGGAACGAAUACCUAAUUUUACUUUGAGAAAAACAAAAUCCAAAGGUAAAGGGAAGAGUUGUGAGUUAGAUUUGAAUUUACCAGAUGAUCAUGCAUUAAAGUGAGCUACAAUUGUUUUAUAGCGGGUAUUCUUAAAACAGCAUCGUUACUAUAGAUUUUUAACAUCUUUGUUGGUAGCGAAUAAUUACCUUAGUAGAGAUAUCAGAAGAAUAUUUAAUUGGGAAGUCCUUUACUGCACCUUGUAUAGAUAUGAUAUAGAAAUAAGAUACAGAUCAAAUAUUCUAAUACCUCCAUUUUCUAUUAAACAUGUCGCCAUACAAUAAAUAGAAAGGAUCAUAUUUAGAUAUCAAAGAAAUCUAUUGGUCGAAAUCAAAUUUCGGCUAAAUAAAAUUAGCCUUAAAAUUUUAAACCUAUGCAAGGUGUUCUUUAAACACCUUUCUUGCCAUGUGCUUUUAGCAUCCUUUUGAAGUAUUAAUAAAUACUGUCAUAGUAAAGGUAACAAAAGAAUCUUUAAGAGAGAAGUGAAUAGUGUUAAAAAACUAAAGAUUCGGCUAGUUGAAAUUAAAUUUCAGUUAAUUAAAAAUUAGCUUGUAAAUUCCAAUCCUAGAGACAACGAACCUUGUCCUGUCUUACUUAAUAAUUCUAAUCAUCAAUAGUUAUUAUACUAAUAUUGCCUAUUGAUAUCAUUUUCCAAAUAAUGGUUUUGAAGAAUUAAAUAAAACUUAAACUAUGUUUAAAAUUGAAAAUGAAUCAUCAGAUUAAGUUGCCUUAUGUUAAGUGCUAAUGGCUUAAUUUUUAGCAAACUUUUCAAAAAUAUACAUGAAGGGCAAUAAUUACAGAAUACCCUGUAUAAAUGUUUAAUGUGCAAUUUUAUUACUCUGUUUUUAGUUCAAAUGCAAACUUGUUUGCUUGCUCAUUGUUUUUGUGAUAUGUUUGUCUUGUGUAUUGUUUUUUAUUCAAGUUAUCCUCUAUUUGUGCAAUCAUUCUAGAACAAUUUUUUAUGUUUCUAUUUUAAUGAAUCAACAUCAUUUUCAAAUAAGUGUAAAUUACUCCAGACAUCAUGAUUUUGAUUUUUAUAAAAUGAUAGCAUUUUCACCAACAUUUAAUAAGUGUUAUUAUUCAUUCAUUCAUUUAUUUUAGAUAUUUUAAAUAUUCAUUUGUAUCUAAAGGUUUUUAUAAAUUUUUGGAAUUUUGUUUUGCUGAAAUUUUAAAAACCCCUGUAUAUAUGAUAAAAAUUGUUUUCCUUCAUACUUAGAUAUAAAAAGUGCAUUUAUGAAACAAAUUAAAAUACUCUACCAAGGACGAGCUUAAAUCUGUAAGUGACCUUAAAUUACUAAAAUAUUUCUUUUUUAUUAUAUAUAGUUAUGUUGGAAAGAAGGAAUUUUGUAAAAAAACCAUUUCUCCAUAAAAAUUUUAAUGGAAGUGAUAAAAUUGAAUAUCUGUUUGUAGCUAAAAAAUCAAAUUUUAAAUUUUUUACUAAUAUAAAUAAGAUGAGCUAAAAUUCAUUAAUUUUCACUUUAUCAUUAAUAACUAAGCCCAUAAUUAUAUUUUGAAUGUC